AUGCAGCUACCCCUCCGCAUAGCCAUCCUUGAGACGGAAUCCCCGUCCCCAGAUUUUCAGUCGAAAUACGGCAGCUACGGAGAUGUCUUCAUUCGGUUUUUGACCAAUGCGGCGAUAACUUUAAGCACAAAUCCACCGUUUCACGCCGAAGACCUACAAUUCUCGAAAUGGGAUGUUGAAAGAAAUCCAGAUUACUACCCGGACAUCGAGGAGGUCGAUGCGCUUCUGGUUGUUGGACAUCAGGACCACCUGGGCCCCACUGCUAUGGAUUCAACCCCAUGGAUUCUCAAACUUGUAGAUUUCGUUCGUAAAGUCCUUAUGGAACAGGACAGGGUUCGCGUCAUUGGUGUCAAUUAUGGCCAGUUAAUUAUCGGAAGGGCUCUCGGGUGUGCCAUCGAUCGAAUGCCCGGGUGGGAAACAUCGUCGACCACGAUUAACCUAAGUGAAGUUGGGAAGAAAAUCUUCGGGAGAGACCACCUAAAUCUCAUGCACCUCCACAGAGACCACGUAGUUACACUCCCGGUCAAUCCGUUUCCACAGCUCCCAAAUGCCAUCCUGGAAAUACUGGGCGACUCCGAUCAUUGUGCAGUCCAAGGUCUUUACACUGCCAGAAAAGUCAUUGCGCUGCAAGGUCUUCCGGAAAUUGAGAGUGCUAUGAUGACACAAUUGAUACAUGAGAGGUUACGGCAGGGACAAAUGUCGAAGGAUGUGGCAAAUGAUGCGGCUGCAAGGUCAUCGCUGAGGACUGAUGGUAUUCAUAUUGGGGCUACCUUUUUGAGAUUUUUGUUGGAUCCGUAG